UUCCUUAAAGAGUAUGUAGUGAACCUUUGGAGGCUGCAGUGCGAUAAGCUCUCCCUUCUCGAAACAGAUGAUUUCGCCGAGACGGAAAGGUCCCGGAAAACACGGUUGAAUCGGCCGAGAUGAAGCCGAAACGAGACAGCCGAGAUAAGGGUAUUUGGGUGAAUUGAUGUGACAAAGGAUAAAAUCCCUAAAAUCGACUACCAUUCUUCAGUCUUCGUUUUUUACUUCUGGAUCUCCAAAAGCCCACCUCUCUCUCAGAUAUUCUAGAGCUUUCGACUCACAGAAGUUCAGACAAUGACAGCAGCCAAAAUCAUUGGAGCUGUGGUAGGGACUACAGUACUUGCAUUCGGGUUGGAUCAUGUUAUAUCUGAUAGGAAGUUGUUUGGAGGAACCACUCCAUCAACUGUUUCAAACCAGGCAUGGUGGCAAGAAACUGAUAAGAAGUUCCAGUCGUGGCCUCGUGUAGCAGGACCCCCAGUUGUUAUGAACCCCAUCAGUCGCCAGAAUUUUAUUGUGAAGUCUCGUGAUGAAUAAUGUGGGAAAGUGCUGUAGUAUCAUCAGUGGUGCGUGAUUAGUUUUCAAUCUGCCCCAGUUGUUAUGAACCCCUGAAAGUCUGAUUAUAAUGACUACUUUUUUCUUUUGUCGCAUUGUGUCGUUGUUUUUGCGGAUAUAGGUAUUGAUCAAUAAUGAUAUAAACCUGAUUGGGAGCACGAUAUGCACCCUAUGAUUGUUCUGAUUGUGCUAUGCUGUGAUUCUUAUUUUGUUUU